UCGCUGUCUGUCAUUUUUUCUCAAAAAAAUUGGCUGGAAAAUUUUUUAUGAAGGAAAAAAACAUUUGUAAUUUUGUAAUUUGUUAGUGCUUCAACGUAUUUCGAUAAUUCUUUCAAUUUCUUGCCGAAUAUCGGAAAACUAAUGUUCUACGGAAAGAGCGACACGAAUCUGAUGGUAUUUGUUUUGUUAUCGAUGUCUAAUCAAUUGAUGUAGGAGUCAAUGCAUUAUCGCUUGCAAAGCAGUGUAAGGAUCACUGUUGAUGACCAAUUGUACUGUUACUCGGAAGUAACUGACUCAUUUGUUCUUCCUUCUGUAAUCAAUACCUUUGUUUCACUCGUAAAAUAUCAGUGGUAUGACUAAUAUUGAAUGGAGCAGUAAUACAUCAUGGACAGUUACGCCAUCGGUGGCCGUAAAAGGGCGCCUAGUAAUCACACCAUCGAAGAUCAAGCUCUGGAUCAAAUCGCUAAACAGGGCGAAUGUCGUUUAGCUGCCCGUCGACAAGCUCGUGCCGAAGCAAGAGAAAUUCGAAUGCGUGAAAUUGAAAGGCAGCAAAGAGAAGCCGAAGAAAAUGCGGAUAAAAUUUUCGAUAUCAAUAACGCUGUUGAUUCGGCGAAUCGUGGAUUACGGAGUACGUCUUGCGUGAAUAAUAGAAACACCUCGGUUAUAUCAUCACCAGUAAAUAACACGAGUAGAAGGAGUUCCGAAGACUCGUUAGAAGAUGGGUUCAACUACAGAGAUAUCAAACUGGAGUUGAAAGAACUCGAAGAGAAAUUCCGUAAAGCCAUGAUCCAAAAUGCUCAAUUAGACAAUGAGAAGUCUGCAAUAUUAUAUCAAGUCGAAUUAUUCAAAGAUAAAUAUCAUGAUUUAGAAGCUGCAUUUUCAGUAUUACAGAAAGAACAUAAAGACAAAUGUAGAGAGCACGAACAGUUGAAAAGACUAUUCGUCAAGCAAAAAGAAGAUUUAGAUUUUUUCAAGUCACAAUUAGAAGAAAGAGAUAGAUUAAUCGAAGAGCAAGGCUUAGUUGUGAUAAUAAAUGGUGAUGAAAAUGGUAUCCAUAGUUCGCUAGACGAUGAACAAAACGAUAGCAAUCAUAUUGAUUAUAAACGAAAAUUAUCUAAUCGAGUAUUAAUAUCUUCGCAAUCGGCCGAAUUAAUACAGAAUUUAGGAGAAGGUUCAUUAGAUAGUAGAUUAAAAAAAUAUGCUCAAGAACGUAAAGAACUUCUAAGUGAAAUCAGUAAACUGAAACUAGAAUUGGAAGAAGAACGAAUAAAAUCUUCUGGUAACUGCUUCGGUUCGAUGAAUGGCAAUAAUAAUGAUGACUACGAUGAAUCAAGAGAAACGUCAAAAUUAGUCGGAGAUUACAAAUUCAAAUGGCAAAAAGCAGAACAAGAUAUAUCAACAUUGCAAGCUAAUGUUGCUCGAUUGGAAAGUCAAGUUAUUAGGUAUAAAUCUGCUGCAGAAACAUCAGAAAAAGUCGAAGAUGAAUUGAAAGUUGAAAAAAGAAAAUUACAGAGAGAGUUACGCGAAGCACAAUCCAGAGUUGAGGAACUGGAGACGGAGAAUAUACUGAUACAGCGACGAUUAGAUAAAUUGAAAAAUGCUAAAACGGCGCCGUUAAAGGAUAUUUGAUUUUUGAAUAUUGAUUAAGUAACUUAGUAUUUAUUUUGUAACAUCACUGUUGUUAAAAACGUAUGUUAGCAUUUUUUGUCCUCUCAUUUAAUAACUUACUUACUAAUCACAAUCUUGUGAAUAUAUAAUUUCUUUUUUUUGGAUUA